GCAUACCUGCUGUCGGAUCUUCUGUUUACCAACAAAAGUGCGAAAUCGAAUUGUCAUCCAACGUUUCUGAAGAGAAUUGACUUGUUGAGAGAAAUAACGUGAACUGAUUCUCGGAACAUUCGCGCUAUAAAUGAUUAGUGUUAUAAUAACGAUAACUGUUGUACGUCUUUAUUGAUUUGGUCCAUGUUACGUGUUGUUGUCGAAGGAGCUACAGAUGCCCGACAAAAUUUGCUAGUGUUUACAUUGGUAGGUUAUUAUGUACAGUACAUUGCAGCCGGUUUAUGUAAGAUUUGCCUCAUUGAAAGUUCAUGUAUUACGCGUAUUAUUAUUCAGCACACUUUUUGUUUCGGGUAUUCUUUCAUAGAGUACAGAUAGUGAUACAGCAAUUAAGAACUCAUGUCUUUAGGAAAUUGUGUGUUGUUUUUAAUAGACUUGACACCGUACUUGUUGGGAACUUAGUGUACGUGUGAAGUCCAAUUUUGAACCCUCCGUUUUGAUAAGUCCUCGAGAAUAUAUAAGCAAGGCACUGGUAGGACCUUCAGCUUUCUGAAAAUGGGUUUUGCAAGAUAAAUGAUCCUCUUGAACCUCCUCUCGAUUCUAGUAAUGCGAAGAUCAGAUGAAGAAUUACUUCACAGUAUUACUCCAUAUCAUAGAUGAAAUAGUAGAAAAUGGCAAUGCCAGAAUGUGGAAGUUCUGGCGGUGGCACAACUUUCGUCAAACAAGAGCCAAUGGAGGCUGACCCAGUUGCAUCUCCAGAGCAGGGGUUCGAGUAUGUAUCCGUUAAGGAAGAAGCUCCGGUGGGGGCUGACGCACGUGGUGUUCCGGACCGAGAGAUUGAAUACAUAUCUGUUAAAGAAGAAACUUCGUGUCUGCAGGAGUGGGAGGUGCCAGAUGGCCAGGAUAGUACGCAGGAUCCACUAAGCAUAACUAAAGAGGCAUGUUCAUCUUCUGAAGAUUUUUCUGAACCUAGCCCAUAUGAUACUGAGAAGGUGGAGGACGAGGAAGAUGAGGAGGCCUUGAGUGAGGACAACUUAGAGGUGCUUGGACAUGAAGUGGAAUCAGCAAGCAGUGACAGUGAACCAGGAAGUACUUUCCCCAUUGUCAUAGAGGACAAGAAAAGUAAUGAAGACAAUGGUGAUUUGGUGACCACCACCCUUCUGGCUGCAGAAACAAGCAACAGGAUACAAGGCACCACCAAGCCGGAAACAUCCUCCGGGAAUGAAAUCGGUACAAGGCGUCUGGGGCACAGAUGUGACAUCUGCAGAAAGAAAUUUGCACAGUUGCAGGACCUGGAGGAGCACAUGCACAAGGACAGAUGUGAACCCCGCCAUUCAUGCAGUGUGUGUCACAAAGCAUUCACAAGUAGUAGAUGUUUGAGAGAACACUUUCGCGUGCACACUGGUGAACGCCCAUACACCUGUGGUGUUUGCAACAAGACAUUCAUACAAAGCGUUCACCUGAAGCGGCAUCUGCAGUUCCACACUGAUGAACGUCCGUACAUCUGUGGCGUUUGCAACAAAACAUUCAGAUGCAAGAGUCAUUUGAAGCAGCAUUCUCUGUUGCACACUGGUGAAAAUCCAUACGUCUGUGGCAUUUGCAACAAGGCCUUCAAGCAAAAUAGUGAACUGAAAAAUCAUACACUGAAGCACACUGGCGAACGCCCCUACACCUGUGACGUUUGCAACAAGACAUUCAUACAAAGUACUCACCUGAAGGAGCAUUUGCGGUUGCACACUGGCGAACGUUCGUACAUCUGUGACGUUUGUAAUAAGACCUUCAGAAACAAUAGUCACCUGAAGCGGCAUUCACGCUUGCACACUGGCGAUAAACCGUACGUCUGUGGUGUUUGCAACAAGGCAUUCACAGAUAGUAACUCACUGAAGGGGCAUUUGCCCCUACACACUGGCGAACGCCCAUACAUCUGUCUAGUUUGCAAUAAGACAUUUGCACGUAGCAGCACACUGAAGCGGCAUUCGAACCUACACACUGGCAAACGCCCCUACGUCUGUAAAGUGUGCAACAAGACAUUUGCACAUAGCAGCACACUGAAGCGACAUUCUCACCUUCACACUGGUGAACGUCCCUACAUCUGUGGCGUUUGUAACAAGGCUUUCACACAUAGUAGUGCACUGAAGCGGCAUUCGCAGGUGCACACUGGCGAACACAACUACAUCAGUGACCCUUUGCAACAAGACAUUCACACACCAUAGAGCACUGAAGUAGCAUUCACAUAUGCACAGUGGCUAACACCUGUAGGUCUUUGACAUUUGUAACAAAUCAUUCAAUAAUAAUAGCCAACUGAGGUGGCAUUUGUGGCUGCAUACUGCUAAUGCUUUUACAGCUGCGUGUCAUAAGAGAUUCAGAAGUACCAGCAAUGUGAGGUCACCCUUGUAGUUGCAAGCAGCAAUGUGAGGGCAUAUUCGCAGUUCCACAUUGAUGUAACAACAUUGAUUCGCACCAUUUGUCAAAAGAAAUUCCAUGGAAGGGUACUUUGAGAAAACACCUAGUUCUUAAUAUGAGAAAAUGCCAAUGUGCUUCUGAUGUAUUUCCACAUAGAUUUGCAUAUUGGAUAAACAGUGACUUUUUCAGACAGGACUUGUGAAACCUGUCUCAAAAUAAAUUUUUGAGUGUAUAGUGGUGAAUACUGCUUGUGAUGUUAUGGUGCCGCUGGGAGUUGAUAAAUAGCAAUGGCUUAGAAAGCUCAUGAAAUUUUACAUCUAGUACAAUUGAUAUGUCUAUUCCUCCUGUGGAGCCACAAGGAGCAGUGAUAAAGUUUGCAUUAUUACAUCUAGGAAAAACAUUACGUAAUGUUGCAUGUAUGUGUUGUCUAUUCUGGUACACGUUGAUAUCACUGUUUCAAUAUGUAGCAGUGCACCACUAGAGCAACCAAAACAGAAUGGAGCCACUCAUCCCCAUUUUAUCAAUAGAAUGAACAAUUUUGUUGUUUGUUUCUCAGAAUCUAUGGUGAGAGAUACCAAUCAUAACAAACUUUUUUUUUCGCUGACUGAAAAACAUGGUGUUAACUAAUGUGAUCCGGUGACACAUGGCCACUUUUUCCAUCAAUACUUACAGUAGUGUUUACCGGUUGUGAGGUGUUGUUUUAUAAUUGCAGCUCACUUUAUAAAUGAAAUUGUUUGAUGUAUGGAAUAAUAGUAAUUCGAUUAGGUGGUAAGGAAAUUAAAAUGAGAAGGUUUUUACAGAACUGUACUAUUGCACAUUUUGUUGGAAAGGAGAUUCAUUAUGGGUCACAAAGGGUGGUUCACAUUUAAUAUCCACAGUUUUCACUAUUUCGAUUAUUUUUUUAAAUUAUAUGCCACACAAAUUUCAUUGUCAUACAGGUCAAUAUCUUAAAAAAUUGUGUGUGUGUGUGUGUGUGUGUGUGUGUGUGUGUGUGAGAGAGAGAGAGAGAGAGAGAGAGAGAGAGAGAUAGAGAGAGAGAGAGAGAGAGAGAGAGAGAGAGAGAGAGAGAGAGAGAGAGAUAUGGAUAGUGUUAUCCAUCAAUUGACAUGAAAGAUACUGAACUCCAAGCCAAAACGUUUCUCUUUGUUAGGUAAUGCAAAUUAGAGACGAAUCUACUGCCAUUCAUUUUCACAAUGUGCGAUAUGGUUGUAUUGGUUUGGUCUGUAUUUAAUGAAGUCUAACUGAUAUGCUAGAAAAAUAGCAUUACUAUUUAUUGGUUAUGCUUUUUAUAUGCCUCUUUUCAAGAAAUACCUUCAUACAUAACUUGAAGAAAAAUGCUCCUUAUAUAUUCAGAAAAUGAUGUAUUCUUUCUGAUGCAAUUAAAAAGUUCUAGAAAUAAAAAAAUUAUGAAAAUAAAUAAUAUAUUGUAAUGAA